AUGAGUUACUCAAAUACUAGUGGUUAUAAUUUUAAUAACAGAAAUGAUAGUGACAAUGAUGAAGAAAAUAAUAAUAGCAACAAUAUAAAUAACGGGAAUAAUAGGAAUAAUGAAAACAAUGAAAACAAUGAAAGUUUAAAAAGAAAAUUUGAAGAGUCUUUUGAUGAAGAUGAAAAUAAUAAUAAUAUUAAUACCAAUAAUAAUAGUAGCAAUAGCAAUAUACAACCACCAUCCAAAAGACAAGAAAUUAACUAUAAUGUAAAUGAUAUAAGUAAUGAUAGUAGUUAUCAUUCAGAUGAAGAAGAGAAUAGCAGUGAUAGUGACGUUAGUUUAAAUAAAACUAAUAAUUCCACUUUUGAAAACUUUAAAAAUAAUAAAAAUAAUAAUAAUAAUAAUAAUAAUAAUAAUAAUAAUAAUAAUAAUAAUAAUAAUAAUAAUAAUAAUAAUAAUAAUAAUAAUAAUAAUAAUAAUAAUAAUAAUAAUAAUAAUAAUAAAGAAGAAGAGGGAGAGAAUUUUAUAGAAUCUAGAACGGUAUCAUCACCAGAGAUUUCUAAUACAUAUGUAAUUACAAUUAAUGGAAAUAAAAAAGAAAUUGAAUUAUAUGGUAAAGAUGAUACUACUUAUAAUAGUCAAUCAAGUGUAUCAUUACCACCAUUAGUUGAUAAUGCACCACCACAUAUUCAUCAUAUUGAUUUUAAUAACAAUAAUAAUAAUAAUAAUAAUAAUAAUAAUAAUAAUAAUAAUAAUAAUAAUAAUAGAGGUGGUAGGGGUGGUUAUAGAGGAGGUCAUAGAGGAGGUAGAGGUGCUUCUAAUAAUUAUAAUAGAAAUCAACAAUGGCAUCCAUCUGAUGGUACUCCACCACCACAACAACAACAUCAAAAUAGGAAUAAUAAUCAGCAAUGGCAUCCAUCCGAUGGCACUCCUUCACCACAACAACAGCAACAACAUCAAAAUAGGAAUAAUAAUCAACAAUGGCAUCCAUCCGAUGGUACCCCUCCACCAUCAUCAUCACACCAAAAUAGGAAUAAUAAUAAUAAUCAACAAUGGCAUCCAUCUGAUGGUGGCUCUCCACCCCCAUCACAUCAAAAUAAAUAUCAAAAUAAUCCAGGUUAUCAAAAAAGAAAUAAUAAUCAGCAACAAUGGCAUCCCUCCGAUGGUACACCACCACCAUCACAUCAAAAUAGGAAUAAUCAUCAACAACAACAAUGGCAUCCAUCUGACGGUACUCCACCGCCAUCACAUCAAAAUAGGAAUAAUCAACCUUUUAAUAGAAACCUUUCCCCAAAUCAAAAUAGAUAUCCUCAAAAUCAACAAAAAAUGCAACAGCAACAACAACCUCACCCCUCAGAUUGA